GCGGAUCCGGGCUACAGUAAAUAGCCAGGAGCAGAAACGGCUAUUGAUGGAUUUGGAUAUUUCCAUGAGGACGGUGGACUGUCCAUUUACCGUCACCUUUUAUGGUGCGCUCUUCCGGGAGGGUGAUGUGUGGAUCUGCAUGGAGCUCAUGGAUACAUCACUAGAUAAAUUCUACAAACAAGUUAUUGAUAAAGGCCAAACAAUUCCAGAGGACAUCUUAGGGAAAAUAGCAGUUUCUAUUGUAAAAGCCUUAGAGCAUUUGCACAGUAAGCUCUCUGUCAUUCAUCGAGACGUCAAGCCUUCAAAUGUGCUGAUUAAUACUCUGGGCCAAGUGAAGAUGUGCGAUUUUGGAAUCAGUGGCUACCUGGUGGACUCUGUUGCUAAAACAAUUGAUGCUGGUUGCAAACCGUACAUGGCUCCUGAAAGAAUAAACCCAGAGCUCAACCAAAAGGGAUACAGUGUGAAGUCUGAUAUUUGGAGUCUGGGCAUCACAAUGAUUGAGUUGGCCAUUCUUCGGUUUCCCUAUGAUUCGUGGGGAACUCCCUUUCAGCAGCUCAAACAGGUGGUGGAGGAGCCAUCACCACAACUCCCAGCAGACAAGUUCUCCGCAGAGUUUGUUGACUUUACCUCACAGUGCUUAAAGAAGAAUUCCAAAGAACGACCUACAUAUCCAGAGCUUAUGGUGAGUGUUGUUAAUGUGAACAUGUCCAAACUAACAGCUAGUAAAG